UUUCAAUGUACUUUAAUAUCAGGGUUACGACUCAACCGCCCACGUUCUGUCCUGGGCUCUUUAUUUUCUGGGAAGAUUCCACGAAAUACAAGAGAAAGUGUAUCUAGAAUUGCAAGAAAUUUUCAAAAAUGAUAUGAAUAGAGAUAUUACUAUCGAUGACCUGACGAAAAUGACGUACUUGGAAUGCGUAAUUAAGGAGUCGAUGAGAAUCUAUCCUCCUUUUCCUUUGAUUGGCAGAAAAAAUCCAUCGGAAAUGAAAAUAGGUAAUUACGUGUUGCCUGCAAAUUCGACUCUUGUCAUAAAUAUCUAUGGUAUUCAUCAUAAUCCUUCUGUUUACGAAAAUCCCGAAGUGUUCGAUCCAGACCGUUUCCUAUUUGAAAACUAUAAAAAUCUUCAUCCUUAUGCAUAUCUGGCAUUUGCUGUCGGUCCACGAAAUUGUCUCGGAAGUAAACUCGCCAUGAUUAUGAUAAAAAUGGUUUUGGCAAAUGUUCUUCGUAAUUUUAAAGUUUACUCUUUAGAUCCUCAGGAUAAAAUCUUAAUCUCAUACGCAAGUAUGUUGACCCCAAUAUCGGGUAUAAGAAUGUGUGUAGAAAAAAGACGAAUGUUGUAAAAUAUUAACUAAGAUUUGGGUAAUUUUCGUUUCAAUCGUAUAUCAAUAUAAACAAAAGCCUGUAUCAUAUAAUCUCGACGAAUGCAUUUAGAAACUGCAUCGAAAUAAUUCUACCUAUUGUUAAACUUUACUCAUAAAUUGUAAUUCAUAUUUUUAUAGAUAAAAAGUACGAAAAUAAAAUGUAUAUGGUUAUUGUUAUUAAAUCUGCU